GUCUUGCACUGGAUGUACCUAAUAUUUUGGCCGCCAUGUCUUUGACCUCUAUUUUAAAAGUAGACCACAAACACUUGCUGCCAUUCCCAAAUCGAUAUUUAUGCAAAUUGACGACCGAAAUACACCGUUCAGGCCCGCGAACUGCGGUACAAGCAUCCGAUUUACUAAAUGACAAUCUUCGCCGAUCAGCCGAUUAUAGUUGGCUGACUGACCGAAACAAUUGUUCAGGUGCGCCUUCAUUUAUAAUUCAAUAUAGUUUUGUUCUUAAUGUCUCCUCCAAUGACAUCAGCGACGAAAUUGCAAGGAGCAACGACUUGUAGUAGUAUCUUGUAUUGUUGAAAAUUAUGUUGACUGUCUACUGUUCACUAAAUAAAUUAGUUGCUCACAUCUUGUGAUGUAAAACAUAAUUUUCAAUAGAAUAAAGCGUCACAUUAACCCAGGAACAAUGCUUCAUCUCAUUAGACGCACUAAACAUUUAUUCCCACUGCAGAAGAGGUACUUAUACAGGAGUCCCCCGGCAUAUUAUGGAACGAAUCUGAGUGCGUUAAACGAGUCAGUCCUAGAGGAAGUUAAUCCAUCAUUUACAGAGAUGAUUGAUUACUUUUUUAAGAAAGCCGUUAUUCAAGUCAGACCAAGGCUUUGUGAUAUAUUAAGAGAGAAGAAACUAGAAGAAGACGCCAUACCCAACAGAAUUGACGGAAUAUUACAGACAAUGCGGGCGACCGAAAGAAUCCUUCGCAUUUACUUUCCUUUUCGCAGAGAUGACGGGACGUAUGAAAUGAUGGAGACGUAUACUGUGCACCACAGUCAGCACAGGUUGCCGGUAAAAGGAGGUAUUCGAUUCUCUCUUGGAGUAUCUCCUGAUGAAGUUGAAGCCUUGGCUAUGAUAAUGACAUUCAAGUGUGCAACUGUACAGGUUCCUUUUGGAGGAGGCAAAGGUGGAAUUAAAAUGAAUCCAAAGUGUUAUACUAAACUUGAAAUUGAAAAGAUUACUAGGCGAUAUGCACUUGAACUGAUGAAGAGAAAGUUUUUAGAACCGGGUGUGUAUGUGCCAGCACCAGAUGUAAAUACUGGUUCCAGAGAAAUGUCAUGGAUAGCAGAUACAUAUAUCAAGUCAUUAGGUUACAGUGAUCUAGCUGCAUUGUCAGUAGCCACUGGAAAGCCUAUAGAUCAAGGUGGUAUAAAUGGUCGCGUGGAAGCAACAGGGCGCGGAGUUUACUUUGCUCUUGACUUUGUCCUAAGGCAAGAAGAGUGGAUGAGGUUCAUUGGGCUUGAACCAGAGUGGCCCUGUAAAAAAGUCAUUAUUCAGGGAUUCGGAAAUGUUGGAAGGCACUGUGCUCUGUCUGUGGUGGCUGCUGGUGCAAAGGUUAUUGGCAUUCAGGAAGUGGACACCGGCCUUUAUACUGAGAAAGGAAUUGAUAUAGAGGAUCUUCUCGAAUAUUUGGAAGAGCAUGGUACAAUUAAAGGUUAUCCAAAUGCACAAGCAGCUGAAAAUGUUGCAUUCAAAGAUUGUGAUAUUCUUGUGCUUGCAGCAAUAGAGAAGUGUAUUACGUGUAAAAAUGCCAAUGAAAUUAGAGCUAAGAUUGUAGCUGAGGGUGCUAAUGGGCCAGUUACACCAGCUGCAGACAAAAUAUUACAAGACCGCAAAAUUUUAGUUCUUCCAGACUUAUUUUGCAGCGCUGGUGGUGUAACUGUAUCAUAUUUUGAAUUUCUGAAGAAUAUUAACCACGUUUCAUUUGGGAGGCUUCAUUUUAAAUAUGAAACAGAUUCCUAUAUCAGCUUAAUGCAGUCAGUAGAGCUGUCUUUAAGAAAAUGUAAGAUUGACUGUGAGAUAAAUCCAACAGAAUCAUUCAGGAAAAGACUGUGUGAACCUUCUGAGAAGGAUAUAGUUGAUGCUGGCUUGAGAUACACAAUAGAACGAGCUGGUGUUGAAACACUUCGUACAGCAAGUGAACUACAGUUGUGCUUAGACCUGAGAACAGCAGCAUACUGCAAUGCUAUUGAAAAGAUAUUCAGAACUUAUGAUAAUGCUGGGUUGGCUAUGUAAGCCCCUCAGCUACAUGUCAGUUCCUGGGUGUCACAAGGUUAGUCAGCGACUCAUAGACUUCACCGCUAUACAAUAUAUGGAUGAGUAAAUAAGAGUUGAUGUCUACCGGGUCUUUUUUAAAAGGUUUAAUAUUGAAUGAAGCCUUUUUUGCAAGACUUUUUUUGUAUUUGACACACUUCAAAUGAUACAAAUGUGAUUGUUCAAAUUACUGUAAGAUUCGUGUAGCUAUAUGUAUGUACAAUAUGUCACAUUACUGGAAUACAAAAUUUGUAAAGUAAACCAAGGAAACACAAAGAUUUUCAUUUAUUUUGAGGAAA